CGCUGUGAAAGUGAUUGGCUGAACAUGAGGUGGAGAGGCAGAUCUCAGGCUGAGCAAACUGAUCCCAAAACCACAAGACAGGAGGCUGCAGAGACACCUGAAAAGGCUGGUGUUUAUAGAGCUCAGCACACAUUCAGUGGAAAGCCAACCGAGCUUCUAAUUGGUACUGGAAAACGAUGAUGUCUCCAGAUGACCGAGCCUUGGAGGACCUGUUGUUCGGCAGUGAGCUCGGUGAAGAGGUGGAAGGGGCGGAGCUAGACGUCAGCCCAGCGGCUGUGGAGGAAAAUUCUGCAGCAGCUAAUGCUACAACGGCUGUAUCCAUCCAUGAACCAAUGAUCUGUGCUGGAUGUGGUGAGCAGGUAUGCGACCGCUUCUUCUUACUGGCAGCAGGGAAGGUAUGGCAUAGCGUCUGUCUUCGCUGCAGCCAGUGUCACUGUGAGCUACAGAUGCACCCGUCCCUUUACUGGAGAGAUGGAACCAUCUACUGCCAGCAGGAUUACUGCAGGAUGUUCGGAGGUGGUCAGUGUGCUCGUUGUUUCCAGCCAAUCCCGCCUUCUGCUUUGGUCAUGAGAUCUGGCGAGCUGACCUUCCAUCCUCACUGCUUCUCCUGCCAGGAGUGUGAUAUGAAAUUGAUGCCAGGGAACCUGUACUGCAUGCAGGGCCAAAAUCUUUACUGCCAGUCACAUUAUUACAAUGAUGGGGGCAUUCUGCCACCACAAGACCCUUCACUCAAUCUGAACGAAGAGACAAGUCAAAACCAGGUCUCAGGUGAAGGAGAGGACUCUGUCAGCAGUCCAGAGCCACGACUGGACGACAGGGUGGCAGGUGGGCGGACCCGCAGGCGGACUAAGCGAAUUAGGACGUGUUUCCGAAGCGAGCAGCUCAGAGCACUGGAGUCAUAUUUUGCCCAGAAGCACAACCCCGAUGGAAAAGACUGGACCUCUCUUGCACAUAAAACCGGCUUGCCAAAGAGAGUCCUGCAGGUGUGGUUUCAGAAUGCCCGGGCCAAAUUGAGGCGUUCCCUCAACUCUGACGACUCUCAGGUCAACUCUCCCAUUGCUCUCCCUAGAGCUGUUACCAUACCAACCAGCUCCUUGUCGCCAACCUGCUCCCCGCUGGACCAGCCACAGCCCUUCCCCACCAGCACCAUCGACCAGAUGCAGCUCUCCCUGCUCACCACUCCAAUCAGUGAGCCAUCUAUGAGCCCAGUCGUCGAUCAGCCAGUGCACCAGCUGCUGCAAAGUCCUAACUUUUACCUGGACUACAAUUCCCAGGGUGUACCAGGGUGUAUCUCCUCUUUAGAGUACCGUGGGGACUUUGAGGAGGCAGUAGUAGAAGUAGAAGGGGAAGAUGAUCCUGCUAAUUUUAGGGUGGAUUAUUGUUAGAUGAGGGCUAUGCAGAAACAAGUUUUUUAAAUUUAGAUAAUAGUUUAGGCUUUGGUAGUUAAUGUGAAAAGAACUUUACUUGAACUGUUGAAUUUUUACUUAUAUCGUAUAGUUACUAUAUAGUACAGAUGCAGGUGAAAACAGAGAACAGUGGGGUUCAUUAUUAAUGGAUUUGUAAUACCAUCAAGGUUAAUGAAAUACCAUAAAUGUAUAGUAGAGAUGUCACAGUUUCAUUUGAGUAGUAAAUAAACCAGCUGCACAUUCAUUUAAUUUCCUUCUUUUAAGUUUUCUGUCAUUCACAGUGUGUGUGAAUCGGGUGGAGAUGAGCCAGCAGUAAGAGUGUAAUAACGUUUUUAGAGAAAAAGUCUGUUUUUGCUACUUUAUCCAUUAAUUUAGCACAUUUUUCCUUGGGUUCAUGAACUAUUAAUCAGACAAAAUGUACUUUCUGUAAUAACGUUUUGCUUCAGGAAAUUUGUUAUCACAAAUCCAGUAAGCAUGUAUAUUUCCUUGCUAAUAAUGCAUCCUAAAAUUGCUUUAACCCUUUUCAUGCAUGAAUUCUUUAAAAAAA